AGGUCCAAAUGCUUCUGGCCGAAGUAGCACUAGUGGAAGAAGAAAUAGAUUGGCUUGAGAGGAAAAUAAAAGUGUUGAAAUUGGACAUAUACCAAGAGAAGAAGCAGAACAAACAAUUGGAAGAGAGUAUUGAAUUGAUGGGAAGACAGCCCAUAUGGGAUCAACGACAACUAAAGAAGCUUCCAUCAAGAAGGCCUAGCCAGAUGGUACAACACAAGGACCAAGACAAACUCAUCACAUCUCAAAACUACGAGAAUAGAAGAAGAUACAACAGAAUUCCAAGAGAGAGGAGAGCAUCUUUCGAUUCCUCUAUGGAGCUUCAAACUGUAACUUCCCACAGAAAAUAUGCUCUGGAAACAGAAGAGGAACUGGGGAACUCAAGAUACUCAGUAAGUCGCAUGGUUCACAAUCGGUUGGAUAUAGAAAUUGAAUCUGUAAUAAACCCAAAUAAGCUCUCGGUAGAGCUUAUCAAGUGCUUGAUGGGCAUAUUCCUCAAAUUGAACCAAACAUACAAAAGCAAGGGAACUACUAACCUUACAAAACAUACUCUGACCUGCAUAAACUCGAAAGGGUUGGUAUGCAAAGCAGCAUUCAGCUGCACAAUGCCCGUUUUCCCAUUCGUUUGCAACGCAUACCAUCUUGAUCCUUAUGCGAUAUUGCCUGAACCUGACAUAAACAUCAGAGACAUUGGGCCGUACAAAAAUUUCAUACAGAUCACAAGAAAUACACUUGAUGUAAGCCGACUUUCUGAAUGUCUUCCAGACAUAAGGAGACUGAGGGUGUUGAUGCAGAAACUGAAGAGAAUAAAUAUAAAUUACUUCACCCACAAGCAAAAGUUGGCAUUUUGGAUCAAUGUCUACAAUGCCUCAGUAAUGAAUGCAUUUCUACAACACGGACUGCCUUCCACAGAGGAGAAGCUGCUUGCACUCAUGAAAGAGGCUAGGAUUGAUGUUGGUGGCUUCAUGUUUAAGGCUUCCAAAAUAGAGCAAUUCAUCCUUCGACAUCCAGCAGAUAUUAAAAAUAAAUCAACCAAUGAGAAUGAGAUGCUUCUAAGGCAUGCUUGUGGACUAAGCUAUCCAGAACCAAUGGUUAUAUUUGCUCUUUGCAGAGGCAGCUGGUCUUCACCAGCGUUAAGGUAUUACACACCGGAUGAAGUAAUGAAUGAAUUAGAGAAAGCUAAGGUAGAGUAUUUGGAAGCUUCAAUUGGAAUUACAAGCAGGAAAAAGAUUUUGGUGCCAAAGCUCAUGCAAUGGCACAUGAAAGACUUUGCUGACGAUAUGGAAUCUCUUUUAGAAUGGAUUUACAGCCAAUUGCCAUAUACAAGCUCAUUGAAAAGACUGAUAAUGGAAUGUCUAAAUGGAGAGACUCAAUCUCCAUCACAAAAGCUGGUAGAAAUUCAGCCUUAUGCUUCUGAAUUUCGCUACUUGAUUCCAACUUCCCAGGGAAGUCCUAUGGUGAGUAGCAAGACGGGCCUCGCUCCUUAUUGGUCUAUGAUCCCCGACGGUCAAGCGCACAACCAGAAAGAGAUGACUAAUCCCGACUCGCUUGCGCCUUCCCUUUUUGGCCUGGACCACCCAACCGCCCUAGCCUCUGCUGAUGCUAAUGCUAAUGCAGUCCUCUCCAAUUUCUUUUAG